AUGCUGAGGGAAUCCGAUAUAGAUUCCCUGAACAAUCACUUAGCAUCCUUGUCUCAGGAAAAUCAACGCAACCAUGAAAAUUUGCAGGGUCUGCUGAACCAGUUUAAAAAUCUCCUCGAUGACUACAGCUCCUUGAAAAGUGAUUAUGAGGAAGUCAAGGAAGGUCGAGAGAAGUACAAAAGACAGGCCCGGGGUCAAGAGCGCAACCCAUUCGUUCUGGUGCUUGUCGAUGGCGAUGGAUACCUUUUCAAGGAGCAUUUUCUUAAAGCGGGGAGUGAGGGCGGUGUUAAGGCCGCCCGCGAACUGAGCGACUCCGUCAGAGAGCUGAUGCAUUCGACAAUGGGAAUGCAAGCUGAUUCGUGUCGAAUUAUGGUCCGUGUUUACGCCAAUAUUCUGGGACUGUCUAAAGCCCUCGCUCGCGCGGGAAUGGUUGGGCAUGAAGCUCGCUCCCUUUCACCAUUUACCUCUUCAUUCACUAGGGCCCAGGACCUUUUUGAUUUCAUCGAUGCUGCCGAGAAAAAAGAGGGCAGCGAUUUCAAAAUUAGAGAAAUGUUCCGCUUGUUUGUGGAUCUCAACCAAUGCCGUCAUAUCUACUUUGCAGGUUGCCAUGACACUGGCUUCACCUCUUUGCUCACUCCUUACAGGGGCAGUGACCGAAUUACCCUUAUCAAAGCCGCCUCGUUCCACCGGGAGUUCGAGGACCUAAAGCUACCAAUCAGAGAACUACCCUCUGUAUUCAUGUCUACUCCCCUAGCUAUCACAAAGCAGACUGCACCAGUCCAGACGAUUAAUACCAAGAUCACUAAUACCACCAAUGGCACUAAGCCUGUCUGCAAGCAUUUCCAAAAGGGAAUUUGCAAAUUUGGCGUCGGUUGCAACAAGCAACAUGUGCCGUCAAAUCAACAAUUGGCUAAAUCGGCAGACUCUGACUCGCCAUCGCCUAAGCAACUGUGGUCUUCUCCUACAGUCGUGGGUCGCUCGCAGGAAUUUCUAACCGCCACGUUGCCAACGCAGAGUCUGAAAUCCGAGGAAUUUAUCCCCAUCAAUAAAGAUGGUGACCGGCUCGACACUUAUUGCCCUCAUCCAUCUCCCGAGGCCUUUGACGAAUAUCAUCGCCGAGCCAAGGAACACAGAGUGUGCAAUAGCUACCACCUCUCCGGCGAGUGCGGUGAUAUGGGCUGUCAAUAUGACCACAGCGACGUCUCCAAUACCAUUAUUGAGGUGCUCAGAUACAUCCUACUCCAACACCCUUGCUCCCGAGCUGGGGCAUGUCGAUCCAUUAAGUGCUACCUGGGUCACAUUUGCCAAAAGCCUAACUGCAAAGCUGUCAAAAGCUGGCAAUGCCGCUUUAACCACCGCACGCAUACGCUUGACCUCCAAGUUUCUCAGUGGGUUGCGCCUGUUGAACAAACCGAAGCUGAUGACGACUGCGACGACCGGUCAACCAUCAGUGGCGAGUCUUUUCAAAGCCAAUCCCCGAGCAACUUGGUCUACGUGAUGUAA